CGUUCAUUUUGUGGCGUUUCAUGAAGACAGCGGCGGACCACCGACAUGUUGGGGAUGUACGUGCCGGACAGAUUCUCCCUGCGCUCGUCCAAAGUCCAGGAUGGAAUCGGUCUGUUCACGGCGCGGCGGGUCAAAAAGGGAGAAAAAUUUGGCCCCUUCGCUGGGGAGAAGAAGCUGCCGUGCGAGCUGGACGAAAGCGCCGACACCAGACUCAUGUGGGAGGUUCGUGGCAGUAAGGGUGACGUCCUGUAUAUCCUGGACGCCAGCAAUCCGCGCUACGCCAACUGGCUGCGUUUUGUCCACCAGGCGCCCUCGCAAGAGCAGAAGAACCUGGCAGCCAUUCAGGACGGCGAGAACAUCUUCUACUUGGCCGUGGACGACAUCGAGACGGACACGGAGCUCCUGAUCGGCUUCCUGGACAGCGACAUGGAAGAGGAGGAGGAGGAGGAGGAAGAGGAGGAGGUCAACAAAGAUGACGAGGAGAGCAGCAAAGAGGCAAAGCACCUGGUCGAGAUGGAACUGGUGAUCAAGAAGGAGGACCACCCGUGCCUGCUUUGUGAGAGCAGCUUCCCCAGCGAGGAGAUCCUGGCCGCCCACCUGCAGAGUCUGCACCAGAGGCCCAGCACGGACGAGAAGGAGUUCAAGUGCAGGAACUGCGGCAAGAGGUUCCCCGUCAAGCAAGCGCUGCAGCGACACGUUUUGCACUGUUCGGAAACGGUGAGCCCUUCGGGGGACGCCAAAGCUCAUCACCAGUGUUCCGUGUGCCACAGCUCCUUCAGCUCAGAGUCCAGCUUCGAGCAGCACAAGGAGGCGUGCAAAGGCGACGCCCGCUUCAUCUGCAAGGAGGAGAGCUGCGGCAAAAGGUUCAAGAGCAAGGACGCACUGAAGAAACAUAAAGGGAACGUUCACACAGGGAGUGCGCGAAGGAAACUGACAUGCACCAUUUGCAACAGGAAGUGCUCGUCCUCUCUAAAUCUGCAAGAGCACAGAAAGAUACACGAAAUAUUCGACUGCCACGCAUGUGACAAGAAGUUCAUCUCCACCAAUCAGCUCAAACGACACAUGAUCACACACUCGGAGAAGCGUCCGUACACGUGCGAGAUCUGCAGCCGCUCGUUCAAGCGUCUCGACCAGGUGACGGCGCACAAGAUCAUCCACAGCGAGGACAAGCCGUACAAGUGCAAACUGUGCGGAAAGGAAUUUGCCCAUCGGAACGUCUACAAGAAUCACAAGAAGACCCACUCGGAGGAAAGACCUUUCCAGUGCGACGAGUGCAAGGCCCUUUUCCGCACUCCUUUCUCUCUACAGCGCCACCUGCUCAUCCACAACAGUGAGCGGACGUUCAAGUGCGACCAGUGCAACGCCACCUUCAAGCGCAAGGACACGCUCAACGUGCACAUCCAGGUGGUGCACGACGGCCACAAGAAGUACAAGUGCGACCUGUGCGAGAAGGCCUUCGUCACGCCCUCCGUACUCAAGAGCCACAAGAAGACGCACACGGGUGAGAAGGAGAAGAUCUGCCCGUACUGCGGACAAAAAUUCGCCAGCAACGGCACGCUGAGGGUCCACAUCCGCAGUCACACAGGUGAGCGUCCCUACCAGUGCCCCUACUGCGACAAAGCCUUCAGCAAGAACGACGGCCUGAAGAUGCACAUCCGCACGCACACUCGAGAGAAGCCGUACAAAUGCAGCGAGUGCAACAAGGCCUUCAGCCAGAAACGAGGCCUGGACGAGCACAUGAGGACGCACACGGGGGAGAAGCCUUUCCAGUGCGACGUGUGCGACCUUUCCUUCAGCCUGAAGAAGAUGCUGAGUCGCCACAAGCUGACGCACAACCCCAACCGGCCCAUGGCCGAGUGCCAGCUGUGCCACAAGAAGUUCACGCGCAACGACUACCUCAAAGUGCACAUGGAGAACGUCCACGGAGAGACGGACGGAUAGACGCGCGGGAGAACACGUGGCCCCGCCCCCCAAAAAUGAUGUGUUUAAGUGUUCUCGUUCUUCCUUGACUUGAAACAAUGACCGUAAAUUCCUGUACCAGCACCUUAAUCCAGAUCUUCACCCAAAUGUCCUACUAACGAUGCGUUCACGGC